UAGCGACAAGUAACACAUCCCCUGUCUUGCCAUGAAAAGAGCUGUAACUGUAGCAACCGGUGGCAAGUUUUCUGUUCCCAGGUGGGGAAGUGAGGAGAGACAAACAGAGGGGUGAGAGGGAGACAGAAGGAAGACAGCUGAGGAGAAUAAACUCUAAGUCCAGAUUGAAUGAGCAUCCAAAAGAAGUACCUGGAGGGAGAUUUUGUCUUUCCUGUGAGCAGCAGCAGCUUCCUACAGACCCUGCUGGAGCCCCAGCUCGGAUCAGCCCUUCUGUCAGCAAUGAAUGCUUCGUGCUGCCUGCCCUCUGUUCAGCCAACACUGCCUAAUGGCUCCGAGCACCUCCAAGCCCCUUUCUUCAGCAACCAGAGCAGCAGCGCGUUCUGUGAGCAGGUCUUCAUCAAGUCCGAGGUUUUCCUGGCCCUGGGCAUCGUCAGUCUGCUGGAAAACAUCCUGGUUAUCCUGGCCGUAGUCAGGAACGGCAACCUGCACUCCCCGAUGUACUUCUUUCUCUGCAGCCUGGCGGUGGCCGACAUGCUGGUAAGUGUGUCCAAUGCCCUGGAGACCAUCAUGAUCGCCAUCGUCCACAGCGACUACCUGACCUUCGAGGACCAGUUUAUCCAGCACAUGGACAACAUCUUCGACUCCAUGAUCUGCAUCUCCCUGGUGGCCUCCAUCUGCAACCUCCUGGCCAUCGCCGUCGACAGGUACGUCACCAUCUUUUACGCGCUCCGCUACCACAGCAUCAUGACCGUGAGGAAGGCCCUCACCUUGAUCGUGGCCAUCUGGGUCUGCUGCGGCGUCUGUGGCGUGGUGUUCAUCGUCUACUCGGAGAGCAAGAUGGUCAUUGUGUGCCUCAUCACCAUGUUCUUCGCCAUGAUGCUCCUCAUGGGCACCCUCUACGUACACAUGUUCCUCUUUGCGCGGCUGCACGUCAAGCGCAUAGCAGCACUGCCACCUGCCGACGGGGUGGCCCCACAGCAACACUCAUGCAUGAAGGGGGCAGUCACCAUCACCAUCCUCCUGGGCGUGUUCAUCUUCUGCUGGGCCCCUUUCUUCCUCCACCUGGUCCUCAUCAUCACCUGCCCCACCAACCCCUACUGCAUCUGCUACACUGCCCACUUCAACACCUACCUGGUCCUCAUCAUGUGCAACUCCAUCAUCGACCCGCUCAUCUACGCCUUCCGGAGCCUGGAAUUGCGCAACACCUUUAAGGAGCUUCUCUGUGGCUGCAACGGCAUGAACUUGGGCUAGGAUGCAGGGCCAUGCAAAUGAUCAUCAGUCGGGUCACUUUUGACCCUCCAUCCACCCAAGAUGUUUAGAAAGAAAAAAAUAUAUACUUAGAAGAUACAAAAAUGUGUUAACAGCCAUGAUUGUACUUGUCAUUUAAGUUUACAAAGCCUUUUAAAGGGGAAAAUGGUGAACAACAGAGUCUCUGAAAGGAUUCCAAGAUGGGUAAGUCACAAACUCUGAUUUCCCAAAUAGUCACUGGGAGAAAUCAGCGAAGUCUUCUCUGCGUGCUCUCUGCACUCAUUUCCAAACACCCAGGGUGUGCGAUGCCUGUCUGCUCAUCUGCUCCACACCCACGUCUUCACGCUCCAGGCCAGACCAGACUGAAGGAUUCUCAUGAACAAUAAGGGUGGUUCAGGUCUCUUGCAAGCAAACCUGUUACAGCUACGACCUCCUGCUGCCAGCUACACAGAUAGAUAGCUUUGCACUUAUAACUCCGUAGGAGACUGAGUUCUACUCUAUUAUUCUAUUUACAGUUAGACAAUUGUCUCUUUGUGAAAGGAGCAAUGCUAUGCCAUUUUCCCCUUUUCUUACCCCCAUAUCCCUUCAGUUGUCCCCACCCCCAAAGGUAGCAUGAGGAUGUAACCCACUUCUAUUUUUCUGUUGUUGUGUUGGUGUUUGUUGUUGUUUUGUUUUUAUGGAUUAAGUCUAAGACAACCUUCAAACUAACUCUAACAAAAGAGAGAAAGUGCUUUGGACAAUCAGAAUAUAUUUGUGUACUUGUAUUUUGAUACCUUGCUAUUUUAAGGUAUAAAUUACUCUUUUUAAAAUAACUUCUUUUUUUCUCUCAUUUACUGUUAGCCUUUAAAACAAGAAAGGAAAUCAUGGGUUGGAGUACGUGUGUAUGUGUGUGUGUGUGUGUGUGUGUGUAUAUAUAUAUAUAUAUAUAUCACAAGAAAUUGCUUUACUGUAACUUAAGAUAGUUUGAGAAACCGUAGAACCACUGUGUGACUUUCUUGGGAGCCCUUGUUUCUGCUUAUAGUAAUUGCAUCUCUAUCACAGGACUUCUUCAAUAUUAUCUAUGAAAGAGAAAGUUUUUUUGUUCUUUUCCCUUUUUGCUUGGCAUUGUGUUAAAGUUGAAUGACCCUGUUAUCAAUGUCUAUACCUUAUCAAGUACAGGAAUUCAUUCCUGGGAGCAAAGGGUGAGAUUGGCUGACUAGUGCUGGCAUUGUCAGAUCCUUUUCUGCCCAAGAUAACUUCAAUUUGUGCUUUCUGGCUGUCCCUAUAUCUCCCCGUCACAAAUUCUUAUAUUAAGCUGUGUCUUGGGGUGCAAUUGUGUGUUUCUCUUGUGCUAGCAUAUACUGGGGUUCUUUAAUACUUGAAGAUUUUCUGCUAAUAUAAGCAAAACCAUUCCUUUCUUGCUUUAUGAUAUUUAGAAAUAAUAAAAAGCUUUUAUGGCUGCUAAA